AUCACACUUUCCCAAACUUGGUCACACUGCGAAAGGGUCCAGCUGCGUUGUUGAAAAAUAUUUUCGAUGCUUCGUUGGUUGUUUUAUUUCUUAAGAAAUAGCAAUUAAUCCAGUGUGAAAUCGCGAAAAACUCGAAGCAUUUGCAGAGCGGCCUCCAAGAUGAACAUAUACAACAAACUGAGGGCCAGGGAGCACGGAUUCGCCAACGAGCGGACGUACGACUUUGCCCUGCGCCGCCUAUCCGUGGCCAAGGAGGACAGCUGGCGGGGCAUUGCGCCGGCCAACUACUGUCCGGACUUCAACCCAGAGCCGCCGAUCUUCUCUGCCAAGUUCGCCAAUUGCGAUGGCUACCGACACAUUCUGGCUAUUGCCAACGAGGAUGGCAAGAUUACGCUGCAGGACACCACGCAGAGGAAUCAGGAGCCGGAGGAGCAAUCCCUGGCGGGUCCCCAGUGCCACUACAAUGCCGUGUUCGACCUGGAAUGGGCCCCGGGGCAGAUGCGCUUCGUUUCCGCCUCAGGCGACCACACGGCCAGGCUAUGGGAAGUGGCUGGCUCUGGCAUCCGCGGCCUCAACUCCUAUGUGGGCCACACACGAUCCGUAAAGUCGGCGGCCUUCAAGCGGACAGAUCCCGCUGUCUUCGCCACUGGCGGCCGUGAUGGAGCCAUUCUUAUCUGGGACAUACGGGCCAACCUCAACAUGGACCUCACAUCGCGCGUGGACAAUUGCAUCUAUAGCGGACAUACGGGUGGACCGGGAACGCCUGUCUCCCAAAGGAAACAGCGCACGCGUACCCCCAAAAUGGCAUCGGGAACUACGUCGAGCAGUAUCACAGGUCUUGCCUUCCAGGACAAUGACACGCUGAUCUCGUGUGGAGCCGGCGAUGGAGUGAUUAAAGUGUGGGACCUGCGACGGAAUUAUACGGCCUACAAAAAGGAACCGCUGCCCAGGCACAAGCUGCCCUACGCAGGCCACUCCACCUUCCGCGGAUUCACGAAUCUGAUUGUAGACGCUGCAGGCUCCCGGCUUUAUGCCAACUGCAUGGACAACACUAUCUACUGCUACAAUCUGGCCUCCUACUCGCCCCGCCCGCUGGCCUGUUACAAGGGCCUCCUAAACUCCACGUUCUACAUCAAGUCCUGCCUGAGUCCGGACGGAAAGUAUUUGCUGAGCGGUAGCAGCGACGAGCGGGCGUAUAUCUGGAAUCUGGAUCAUGCGGAAGAGCCGUUGGUGGCCCUAGCUGGACAUACGGUGGAGGUGACCUGCGUGGCCUGGGGCUCCAGUCACGACUGCCCCAUCGUGACCUGCAGCGAUGAUGCCCGGCACAAAAUUUGGCGGAUUGGUCCCGAUCUCGACGGUUUAACUGAAGCAGAGCGGGCAGAACAGUACCGAGGAACUGCCUCCUAUGUCAGGGAGUUUGGCAAGAAGACUUCGACCGCUCCAUCUGUGGGGAAUCACAAGUACAAUCUGCGCGAUCUGGAGUCCACGCCAAGGUCAUUGAAACGACUGAUGGACCAGAACGAAAGGACUCCAGGCUCCAUGGAAAAGGUGACCACCAAGCGCUCCUUUUUGGAAAUGCUUGGCGUGGCGAAUGGCGAAGCGGAGGCCACCGAGCAGCCCCAGAAGCGGGCAAAACCUCUGGAAUCCCGAGGCAGGCGACUCUUUGGACCCUCCAGUCAGGAAAGCACCUGCCGGCACAUAACGCUCACAGCCAUUAAUGAAGAGGAAGCGUCGCCCAGCAAGCGGCAAAAGGAGAAUUCAGCGAGUGAAGAAGUCUCUCCCCUGCCCAAGCUCCUUAGCACGCCCAAUCAUUCGCCGUUGAGCGAGAAUGUAAAUCACAUGUACACCUCCCCGCCCACAACUUCGGCGGCGGCUGCAGCAGCAGCUGCGUUGGAGAACGCCAAUCCAGCUCCACUCUCUGCAGUCAUCUACUCGCCCACCUCCAAUCUGCCCAACUAUGUGCUGGAUGGCGAGGCGCCCCACCUGGGUAUCAUGUCGCCCAAGCGAAAGGCCAAGGAGAAGGUGGACUGGCUGACGAAUAUCCGUAAGCAGAAACUUAUGAGUGGACGGGCUCAUGUGACGCUCAGCGAUAAGAUGAACGAGGACCAGCAGGCCGAUGUUCUGGCCUCCCCGCGUCUCCAGAGUCUCCGGCAAUCCGAAUGUAGUCCUCGGUUGCAGGCCACUCCCCGCAGACGCAUCUCUCAUAACGAUGGUGGCGGAGGCGGCACACCAGCAGGAGGCAGUUCAUCCUCCCACACACCAACUCAGCCAAGGACGCCCACCUCGAGUAGAAGAAACAGCGAGACGACGCUGUUGCGGUUCUUCAGCAUACAAAGGAGCAGCAGUGUGCCCGCUGAGGAAGCCACGGCCACUGCUGCUCCCUCCUCUCCACAUCCAACGGCGGUAGCUUCUCCCGCGGCCACGCCCCUCAGCAUGCGUACGCCCACCACGACGGCGGUGGGCGGUGGAGGCAGCGAUUGACGCGGGGCAGCGAGCUUCAUUUCAUACCAUUAUUGCACUUGUAGUUUUAAGCGGACAUUGUUUAAGUUAUUUUAUACCGUAGAUCCUAAGGUUGCAUCUAUCGCGGGUCGGGUUUGGUAACCAACUCCCCGCCCCACUUUGUACAAAAGACUAACGUACCCCAAAUAAAAAAGUAAAUUAAUUUUCUAA